GAUACUGAGGAUAGAGUAACCAAAGCAGAUGAAACAUCCCAGUGGAUGGGGAGGAUUGGGUUCUUCUCUGGCAAUCCAACGGUAGAGACUGUCAAAGGAAUUCUCCAUAUCUAUAAAAACAAUGAGAUGACRUCGCUCACCAAAGGAAUUUCCAGAAGUCAGACCAUCUGCAUGCUUGCAGUCCCAGCAAAGCUUGCAUGUAUUGACCUUUUACAGUUCGUGGCUCCCUCAGAAGAGUUCAUUCAACACAUUAAGAUCAUCAGAGACGCCACACCAAACCAGUACAUGGCUUUAAUCAAGUUUAAAAACCAGGAAUUAGCGGAUGAAUUUUACAACACUUACAAUGGCCACCAAUACAAUUCACUUGAAGAAGAGGUCUGCCAUCUUGUCUAUGUAGCAAAAGUAGAAGUCUUGAAGUCUUCACAGGGAGCAAGUUUACCGUGUUCUGGUCUUACAGAAUUGCCAAAGUGUCCAGUUUGCUUGGAACGAAUGGAUGAAUCAGUUGAAGGAGUUCUUACAAUCCUCUGUAACCACUCAUUUCAUGGGAGCUGUUUAUCCAAGUGGUCAGACACAAGCUGCCCAGUUUGUAGAUAUGUCCAAACCCCUGAACCAACCAGUGAGAACAAGUGCUUAACGUGUGAUUCAACAGAGAACUUGUGGAUUUGCUUGAUAUGUGGGUUGUUUCUAAGGUGGGGAAGCUUGUGAGUGAAUUGAAAGAAGAAAAAGAGCUGAAUCAAUGUCUUCGUGAUAACCAAAAGCUAUGGAACGAAAAAGUGUCGCAGAUGGAAAAGAAACUAGAGGAAACAGAGACCAAAUAUAAGAAGGAGGUUAGUGAUCUACAGGAACAAGUAAAUGAUCUGAUGAGACACUUCGAGACACAGCAAGCCAUCGCGUGUGCACCCGAUGAUACUAGACAGGAACUCCAGGAAGGACAACUGAUGGUCGGGGAAUCUCAAACGCAGCAACCUAAAUCGAGACGAAAAAGAAGAUAACAGGCCAGAACGAACAAACACCGCAAACAUUAAACCCGUGUGGAAAAACUGAUAUUAAAACUAGAUAGUGCUAAAUAAAUACUGCAAAAUCGUUCCUUUUUGUAGUAGAGUGCGUACCAUCCGUGAAAAAGUUAACUAACAACAUUGUACAAGUCAGAGCAAAGUUUUAUAGGUCUACAGUCUACUGAAGUUUACUGAGCUUACUAACUUGUGCAAUUUUUCACAGAAAGUGUUUCACAGAUAUACAGUAUGCACUCUAUAUUUUAGCGUUAUUUGGUUAAAACGAUCGAUCGAUACGAAAAUGAAAUAAAAUAUAAAUUACAUUUCAUUAUUAAAUUACAGAGUUCCGCAGAUCUAGAUUGACACAGGUUGUUUAUUUUUCGAAAGACUGUUUUAUUUGUAUGUAAUAUUUAAAAAUGAAGUCAGAGAAGCAUUAACAACACAGAAACAGCGACAAAGAUAAAUACAAAAUGUUAAUUAAUGAAUUUCAGAACUACACUCGUCUAAGUCUUGGGAACUACAGAUUUAGUAUGACUCUUAAAAGUUACGGUAAGCAAUUGACUAUACUUUAAGCCAAUCACAGCACACAACAUCAGUGAUCAUCCAAUACAGCACGGUCACGGUAGGCACGCCUUAACAGCGACUUCUUUGCAAUGAUACGAGAAGAUUAAUUGGACUGAAAGUCUAUAGUGUGUUAGGUAGCACCGCGUUAUAGUAGAUUAGCAAUAACACAAAACAAUGUAACGUUCAAUGGCAAUAAAACUUAGUACGUGGUAAAAA